AUGCGGCUGGCAAGGAGGGGCCGAGCAGUCUGCCAAGACAUCGCUGAGCAGUGGGAUGUCUCCAUCGACAUUGCCAGCGUUCGCAAAAAAGAGAGUGCCAGGAGGCUGGCACAAAAGGCUCGCGUGACUGCAAACGAGUGGCUGAUGGUGGCUGCGCUCCGGUUGCAGGCGCGGAGCGCGCCCUGCAGCAUCCUGCAGCGGGCAAAUGCGGGCAACUGGCGGACGAACCCUGCGGCCUCGGCACUCCAACGGCGUCCGGCCUCGAGAGCGAGCACGAUGAGGCGGGAGCGGGCUGAGAGCUCGGGUACGUGCGCUCCUGAGCCUGGCGAGCGGAUUACAGGAUCGUUGCAACAGGGUCACGUGGCCAGGCUUCAGCGCCAGCACGGGUGCUGA